AUGGAGGUCGAGCGCGCCCUCGAGGAGCGUGCUGCCACCUGCAAGUUCACUGGUACUGCCGGCUACUCCUCUGCGAGCAAGUCCAAGGCCUCUUGCUCCACUAUCAUCCUGGACGGCCUCACCGUCCCCGCCGGUGAGACCUUGGACAUGACUGAUCUCACGAGCGGAACGGUCGUCAUCUUCGAAGGCACUACAAAGUGGGACUUCGAGGAGUGGGACGGCCCUCUGUUUGCUGUCUCUGGCACCAACAUCAAGGUGGCUGGUGAGAGCGGCGCUGUCCUGGACGGUCAGGGUGCUCUGUGGUGGGACGGCGAGGGCGACGAUGGCAUUGCGAAGCCCAAGUUCUUCCAGGCCCACGAUCUUACCUCUUCGACGAUCGAGAAUAUUUACAUCCUGAAUCCUCCUCAUCAGGUGUUCUCGAUUGAUAAUGCUGAUACGCUUACCCUGGCGGAUAUCACGAUCGACGGAACCGAUGGUGAUGCGGACGACCUUGCGGCCAACACGGACUGCUUCGAUAUUGGCUCGUCUACUGGUGUAACCAUCACAGGCGCAACUUGCUAUAACCAGGAUGACUGCGUUGCUGUCAACUCUGGCACAAACAUCAUCUUCACGGGAGGUCUUUGCUCUGGUGGGCACGGUCUGUCCAUUGGCAGCGUUGGUGGUCGUGACGAUAACACAGUGGAGGAUGUUUAUUUUGAGUCUUCAACUGUCGAGAACUCUCAGAAUGGUGUUCGCAUCAAGACCAUCUCCGGCGACACUGGCACGGUCAAGGGCAUCUACUACAAGGACAUCACCCUCAAGGACAUCACCAAGUAUGGCAUCUAUGUCACCCAGGCCUACGACGGAGACGACGCCACGACUGGUGUCCCCAUCACAAGCUUUGAGCUGGACGGCGUUACUGGUACGGUCGAAGACGAUGCCUACUCUGUCUGGAUCGACUGUGGCUCUACCAGCUCUUGCUCCAGCUGGACUUGGGAGAGUGUCGAUGUCACUGGCGGCAAGGGUACCGACUGCACCAAUGAGCCCAGUGCUGCUUCGAGCUACUGCUAG